CUAUGGAAAGGUCAAUUUUUCAAGUACGUAACCUGUUUCAAAAUCAGCUGAUUUUUGUUUAGUUAUUUGUUUAGAGUUAAGUGUAAAAAUGUUGAAAUAAUAUAUACAAUUAAACAUUACGUAUCUGCAACAAAUACUUUCAAUGAUAUUAUCAUUCCAUAGAGUGCACAAAUGCGUUCAUCUGUAAGUUACAUUUUAUCAAAUAGUACAUGUGAACCAAAUAUGUCUCAUCCAGAUUAUGAACAAUAUUCUCACGAUCAUGCUGCUCUGUUAAUUCUAGUUAAACACAUUGGUGCUCAAUUGAAACCGAAGUCAUAUAAUAAAUUUUAUGACAGAAUUUCUAAAUUGAGUAAGGUGAAAAUAACAGAUUCCACAGGUCAGGUUAGAAAUAUACUAGUAAGAUUUGUUAAAGAAUAUCCUGUUGAAAACAAUGAUUGGGGAGAUUUUCAGACUCACAGAAGGAUGCUGGGACUGAUUUCUUUAGGAAAGUAUGAUUCACAACAAGAACUUAAUGAAGUUUGUAGAGUGCAUGAAAGUUUAAAAGUUAAAUACAACUCAACUUUAUUUGACUCAAGGUGUAUAUUGUUUGGACCAAGUAAAGAAUGUGAGUCACCAAAUGAUAUUUCAAGUGGUUCUGAUGACCAUGAGGUCAAAUCACCCUCGGUCAAUGAACAAUUUACUACACCUAGUAAUUUUAAAACUAGGGCAAUAUUUUGUGAUGAUUCAGCUCCUUGUGGUGAUUUAGAAAGUCAAAUAACAGAAUUUAUUAAUGCUUUAUUUUGGGUUUUGGAAUCAAAACGUCUAGAAAGGUCCCGUGAGAAACUAGAGAGAGUGUCAUUGCUUCUUGCCCCUUUUGAGAAAAAAGAUUUUGUUGGUCUUGAUAUGGAGUCCAGACAAAAUAAAAAACGAUGCACAGGACGAAUGACUAAACAUCUGGGUGAUUUAUGUUUACAAGCAGGAUUUUUACUUGAAAGUUUAUCAUAUUACUCAAGUGCUGCAGAGAAUUUAAAAAGUGUAAAUGACUGGUUGUGGUUGGGUUCUGCUUAUGAGGGAUUAUGUGCUGCAUCAGCAUUGAUUCUUUAUCCAAAUAUGCAGAGAAACAUUUCAUUUCAUCGAAAUGCCAGCUUGCAGGAAGGGUCUCCUAGAAAAACUAGUCAUGAUAUAGCAGCAAAUACACCAAUACUAAGAAAAAAUAUUCCAAAUCUUUUGGCCCCAGAUGAAAUAUCUAAGUGGUAUCGAGAAGCUAUUAUACAUUACAGUAAAUAUCAAAAUGCAGGAAUUGUGGAAACCGAAGCCAGUUUCAAAGCUGCACGUAUAGCUGUUGAACAAAACCAUGCUUUGAAAGUUGCGAGUUUUCUGCAGAAUGUUGUUUAUAUUAAUUUAGCACUAUCCGAACAAGAAAAAAUACAAAGGUUUGAGACAUUGGCAGAUCUGUACUCCCAAAUUGGUUUUAAUAGAAAAGCUGCAUUUUGUAUGAGACUAGCUGCAACCAGAUAUGUUUCACCACAAAAUCCAAGCCCCAACUGGAGUCGUUUUUAUGCUCUUAUGCUUCAAAGUUUACCUGGCCACCAGCUUAUUUUAGACCCAGUAGAGAUGCGUGCUACUGGCCAAGGCUGGCCUGCCUUACAAGUUCAAAUUUUACAGGAGCUCGGAGUUGCUGCGAAGAGGGCUGGAUAUUCAGCUUUAGCUACCCGCCACAUGACAUUUCUUCUCCAAACUAUGUGGAAUUACUUAAGUCCUACAGAACAAAAAGAAUUAGCUAUUCAAUUACAAAGUCUAUCAGUUCAAUGCGAGGGAUCUCCAGUACCUUUAGUUUUAGAUUCUGGCAUUAUUAUACCUCCAGCUAAUCUUACUGAUAUUCCACUCUGCUCUGGUUUUACUCCUAAAGAUUUGAAACCGCAUUUAAGGCCUAGAAAAAUAGAAAAAGAAAAAGAAGAUAUGGGACCAUUUUUAUUUACUCCAAUUCACUUUGGAGGUGGAAGCCUGGAUAGAAAACUCAACAAAGCCAAUUCUAAAAUGAAUUUUCUCUGGGCCGAAAAUGAGCUCUGUGAAGUAGGACUUCAACUAAUUAACACAUUACCAUUUGAACUAAAGGUCUCCAAUAUGCGAUUACUUACAAAUGGUGUAGUUUUUGAAUCAAUUCCUGAAACCAUGAUUCUACCUCCAGAUGUUCCUACAUCUCUGACCCUAAGCGGUUGGGCUAGAGAAAGUGGCGAGCUGGAGUUAUCAGGUUAUAGCACACACGCCUUAGGAGUUAAAUCCAAUGCUAGGUUGAAGCAUAUGAGUGGCAGUUUUCCAGCACAAUAUAAAGUUGAAAUUGUACCUGGCCUUCCAAUUUUGCAGGUGACAACUUCACUGCCUCAAAGUGCUUCAUUCUCUAACUUUCAUGAUGACACUAUUGUGACGUCAGCCAGUUUAAGUCUCUUCCAUGGCGAAACCGAGUACUGUAUCAUAACUCUGACAAACAUUAGUCAGAUUCCUAUUGAAAUGAUGGAAAUCAAAAUGAAUAGUCUAAUAGAACCAUCAGUACAAGAGCAAAUUUUCUAUUUCGAUGAGAAUGAGACAAAUUCUCAAUUACCGCUUCUUCCCAAUCAGUCAAUCACGUUGACCGUUACAGUGUAUGGCUUAGCUAAUUUUUUGGCACCUAGUGGAACUGCUUUAAGCAAUACCAAUGACCAAUUGAGUGGAAUGUUUAGUAGUAGUAUAUCUACAUCUUUGCCUGGAAACUCGUCACUUUCAAAAGUAAAUUCAAGUGCGCGUUCCUCCAACUCUGGUCAAUCAAGCUUAGUUGGUGGUUUAACAACUCUAUUCCAACAACCGCCAUCAGCGUCGACAAUUGAAAGUCAACUGAAGAUAAGGUAUAGCGGCGGAGCUGGAUUUCAAGCACAAUACUGUAGAACAAGCGCGGUUUUCUUUAUUUUGGAAUUAACACCUUCUCUAUAUAUUCUUAAUUGGGAUGUUUUGCCAGCAGAAGGAAGUGAGCAGUUUUAUUUGGUUUUGGAUGUGGCAAAUCUGACGUCACAGGAGAUGGAAUUGCAUUACACUCCAACAAAACACAUGCUCAUUGAAAGUCAAGAAAGCUGUAGAAUACCUGUUCCCGUUGAUAGGUGUCCAUUUUCUAAAUUAUUGGAUUUUUACGACAACCCUGAGCAAGGAAAAAAUGAUGUAGAUAUUAGCAGAAUAUGUUCUGAACAUGUAGCAAAACAUGUGGAUUUAAGGUGGAACUUAUUAGCAACAGAUUCAAAGGGUUCAGCGUCACUCAAUGGGAUCACUUUAAAUACUCGUAUGUUGGAUAUUGUAAGAACAUCGCCAUUAGCUUGGGAAGUCAGGAUAAAUGGAGAUAUGGUCAAUGGUCAAGAAGUGCCGUGUGAAUGUGGACAACGAGUUACAGUUCAAAUGUCAAUUAAUAAUAGAUUAGAAACUUCAAUAAAGCAGUUGAUGCUCUCAAUACAGUUCUACCAGGAUUAUGAAAACGGCACUUUAAAUUAUCGCGUCGACACACGAUUAGCUGUUGCAGGAUCCACCAGAAGACGAUUGACAUGCCUCCACCCUAAGGAUGAGGUGAACCAUAGUUUUAUCAUGAUCUUUUUUGCACCUGGUUUGUUCAAACUCGAUAUGCAAUGUUAUACUCCUGAUACAUCAUCUACAAAUGUUCCGCUUGUUUCAACUGGCCAUGUUUGGAGAUUUUCUCCUCCGAUUUCAAUACUGGUAAAAUGAAACCAG